AUGUCGAGCAGCAAGGUUGUCGAUAUGCCCUCCAAUGCAGCCCCAGGCAUUCCGUACUUCACCCCAAAGCAAGAUCCACGCUCAGGGACUCCCCAAGAUCCUCAACCAGAUGGGAAACCUCUGCCGUUGUUGUUCACUCCCUUGAAGAUUCGGGGAUUGGAGUUGCAUCACAGGAUUACUCUUGCUCCGCUCUGCCAAUAUUCAGCCCAAGAUGGUCACCCUACAGCAUGGCAUUUGGCUCAUCUCGGCGGGAUUAUUAAACGAGGUCCAGGAUUGUCCUACGUUGAAGCGACUGCAGUUCAAGCCAGAGGUCGGAUUACACCCGAAGACACUGGAAUCUGGAGUGAUGACCACAUCGAGUCUUGGAAACAGAUCGUCACUUUUGCUCAUUCCCAAAAUCAGAAGAUUGGGAUUCAACUCGCGCAUGCUGGUAGAAAAGCCUCCACUGUCGCACCGUUCAUACAUUCUGGUAUGAUGGCGACGGAAGCUGUCGAUGGAUGGCCAGACGAUGUCGUCGGUCCUACCUCUGAGCCAUUUUCUGACACGUUUCCUACCCCUCGAGCUCUCACUACACCUGAAAUUAAAGAAAUCGUGCAGGCGUUCAAAGAUGCUGCGAUGCGUGCGCUUAAAGCAGGCUUUGACACUAUUCAGAUCCAUAACGCGCAUGGGUAUUUGCUCCAAUCGUUCGUGAGCCCGUAUUCGAACAAACGAACGGACGAGUAUGGCGGGUCGUUUGAGAACAGAAUCAGGUUAACGUUGGAAGUUGUGGAUGCGGUCAGGGAAGUCAUACCAUCUGAUAUGCCGUUGUUCUUGAGAAUCUCGGGUACUGACUGGUUAGAGGAAUCUCUACCCGACGAACCUUCCUGGCGGAUUGAGGACACUGUCAAACUAGCCCACAUCCUCGCUGAUCACGGUGUAGAUGGAAUCGAUAUAUCCAGCGGUGGAAACUCCCGGUUCCAGAAAAUCGGUACAUUCGGAACCCAUGUACAGACUCACCUUGCGCAGAGGGUCAAAGAAUCCUUUACGGCUGCUAACCAACAGGUCCGUGGAGGAGGCAAAGCGUUGGUCUCGGCUGUAGGGAGCAUCAAUUCAGGAACAGUUGCGGAGCAGUGCUUACAGGAAGGACGAUGUGAUUUUGUCACUGUUGGAAGACAUUUCCAAAAGAACCCCGGAGCAGUUUGGCAGUUUGCGGAAGAGUUGGAUGUUGGGAUUUAUGUGGCGAAACAGAUUGGAUGGGGAUUUGGAGGGAGAGGGACGCAUACCACUAGAAAGAGUAGUAAAAUGUAG